AUGGCAGAGGAAAUCACUGCAUCCGUCGCGGCAACCACGGCCACCAAAACAAAGAAACGAUCUUUAUGGCCCACCGUCCUCCGAUGGAUUCCCACCUCAACCGAUCACAUCAUCGCCGCCGAAAAACGACUUCUCUCUCUAGUCAAGACGCCUUACAAGACAGAGCAGGUUAAUAUUGGGUCGGGUCCUCCGGGUUCGAAAGUUAGGUGGUUCCGAUCGGCGAGUAAUGAGCCAAGGUUUAUUAAUACGAUCAGUUUUGAUAGUAAAGAAGGGUCUCCCACGCUUGUUAUGAUCCACGGAUAUGGGGCUUCUCAAGGCUUCUUUUUCCGGAAUUUCGACGCCCUUGCCAAGCAUUUUAAAGUAAUUGCAAUUGAUCAACUUGGUUGGGGCGGUUCUAGUAGGCCUGAUUUCACAUGUAAAAGUACGGAAGAAACCGAGGCGUGGUUCAUUGAUUCCUUCGAGGAAUGGCGUAAAGCGAAAAAUCUUAGCAACUUCAUUUUACUGGGGCAUUCUUUUGGAGGAUAUGUUGCUGCUAAAUAUGCGCUGAAGUAUCCUGAGCACGUCCAACACUUGAUUUUAGUGGGAUCUGCUGGAUUUAGUUCAGAAACAGAUCAUAUGUCUCAGUGGCUUACUCGGUUUAGAUCAACAUGGAAAGGAGCCAUUGCAAAUCAUUUAUGGGAGUCUAAUUUUACUCCGCAAAAGAUUAUAAGAGGUUUAGGUCCUUUCGGUCCGGAUCUGGUUCGCAAAUAUACUAGUGCGAGAUUUGGUGCCCGUUCACAAGGAGAUGUAUUAACUGAGGAGGAAUCAAGAUUACUUACAGGCACAGCAUCAGAGUGGAAGGUGCCAACAACAUUCGUUUAUGGUUUCCAAGAUUGGAUGAAAUACCAAGGUGCACAAGAAGCUCGAAAGCUAAUGAAAGUCCCGUGCGAGAUAAUAAGGGUCCCUCGGGGUGGUCACUUUGUAUUCAUAGACAAUCCAGCUGCUUUUCAUUCGGCUGUAUUCUAUGCUUGCCGGAAUUUUAUUUCACCUGACCAGGACAAUAUCUCACUUCCAGAAGGCCUGGAAUCUGUCUGA